AGCGUGCGAUCAGCUUCUUGAACGGCACACAAUUCAUCCUUCAGAACAAGAGUCUACACCGACAAAUUCACUUUCACCUUCAUCGUUCUUUGUUCCCCCCACUCCAACAUGCACAAAACGACACCCGAGUCGUACGACCUUGUGGUCGUGGGUUCUGGGUGGUUUGGGCUAGGGUCCGCUCGGGCUUACAUUCAGUCACAUCCCGAUCAGAGAAUAGCUGUCUUGGAGUCAAAUGAUACUGUUGGAGGCACAUGGUCUGAAGCACGACUGUAUCCCGGCUUGAAGUCGAACAACAUGCUCGGAAGUUACGAGUUUCCCGACUUUCCCAUGUCAGAAAACAAGUAUGGAGUCAAACCUCUUGGCCAUAUUCCUGGAGCAGUACUAAAUCGAUACCUGACCGACUUCGCAAAGCACUAUCGUAUCUGGGAACGGGUGCAGUUCAAUUCCACUGUCAGUCUUGUCGAGUCCACAGAAUUCGGAUGGACACUCACAGUGACAACACCGGAAGGGGAAAGAAAAGUCGACACAAAAAAACUUAUUCUUGCAACAGGAUUAACGUCAACGCCAAACAUGCCGGUUUACAAUGGAUCCGAGAAGUUUGAUAGGCCGCUAUUCCAUGCAAAGGACUUUUGCCGACGCGCAGAAGAGUUGAAAGGUGUCCGAAAUGUCGUGGUGGUCGGAGGUGCGAAAUCUGCCUACGAUGUGGCUUAUGCUAUGGUUGACAGCGGCGCGACGGUCGACCUCAUCAUCAGACCAGACAGCAAUGGUCCCGUCUGGAUUGCGCCACGUCAUGUUACUCCGCUCAAGCAGCGUAUAGACACAAUACUUAAUGUCAGAGCGCUAUCGUGGUUUAGUCCAUGUCCCUGGGGCGACGAGGAUGGCUAUGGGUUUGUGCGUCGGUUCUUGGAGCGGACUGUCGUUGGCCGAGCGCUUGUCAAAGGAUUCUGGAGCCUCAUGGGCAACGAUGUUCUUGACCAGAACAAAUAUGACAAUCACCCCGAGCUCCAAAAACUGAAGCCCUGGCACUCUGUUUUCUGGAUCGGGAGUGGUCUUAGCAUUCUGAAUUACAGCACCAGCUUCUUCGAUAUGAUUCGUGACGGCAAGGUCAGGGUUCACAUUGAGAACAUUGAGGAACUUGCUCCCGGGCAGGUCAUACUGCAAAAUGGUACUACGAUCACGGCGGACGCGAUGAUAUGCUCGACGGGAUGGAAAAAGGAGUCAACCAUUCGUUUCUCUGGAUUAGAUGAAGCAGGUCUGGGCUUACCUAUAGAUGCCAAGGAGCAGGCAAACCUCAGUCUUGAGUAUGAUUCCAAGGUCUUGAAUCAAUUCCCUAUCUUGGAAAAUCAGCCUGUCCUACGGUCCAAACCCAAGAAAGCAGCUGAGCCACUCCGUUACUAUCGAUUUAUGAUACCUUCGGCUAUGGUAGAGAAGCGCAACUUUGCUUUUGCAGGCAUGAUCUCUUCGGUCAGCACAGCCAUCUGCGCCAGUACCCAAGGCCUUUGGAUCACAGCUUUCUUCGACGGGAGACUGGACCGGGAGCCCACGUCACAAGAAGCUAUCACAAGAGAGAUCAUGAUGCACACUCAAUGGGGCAAAUGGCGGUACCCUUGUGGAUAUGGAGCAAGUCUUCCGGACUUCGUAUUCGAGGGCAUCCCGUAUGUCGACAUGUUGCUGAAGGAUGUCGGCAUCAAUAACAAGCGAAAACCGACCUUCAUCCAAGAGCUCAUUUCUCCUUAUACGCCAAAGGACUACGACGGUGUGCUGGAUGAGUACAAGCAGAAAAAUGAGUAAGAGAUAAUGUAGCGGAAGGUCUGGGUACGAACACCUUAGCUGGUACGAUGGAGGAGGCUUUGUCUCAUCGCAAGAGAUUUCAGAGAAUACAUUCAGUUCAUAUACGUUGCAGCAGAUCACAUGGAGCUGAAGUGGAGCGCUCCAAACACGCAGAGAGCGUCAUAAGCAUUCCUGUGAUGCUCAAAGGAGCGACUCAGGUCACUGAACACGUGACUCAUGACUGAGCCGCUCUAGGAGCCGGAGAUACUAUACUUCGUUCGCUCCUUGUAUAUUCGUCCCAUUUGAUCUCAUCAGAGAUCGGUGGUCCAAUACAUCGAUCAUCUGAAUCUACACUAGGCUUCUCAAUUCCUUCACAACACAAUGUUUCACUGUCUCAUGAAAGAUAGUCCCGAAAUUCAGAAUAGUGU